AUGUCUAAACAAUUGUCAUCACCAAUACCCAGUAGAGUUCGAGUCAUUUUUGUAUGGUUAUUGUCAUUGAGCCAUCAUCCGCUGUUAAGGGUAUGUGGAGGGGAAACCACUAUAUUUCCCAUCUACAAGCAGGAAGAAUCUAUGAGAAAUGCCAAAAGUAAGGAAGUUCAUAAUUAUAUGAACGUAAGUGUGAAUCCUUGUGAGGAUUUUUAUGAAUAUUCAUGUGGCAACUGGCAUAAAUAUCACAGCCCUCCAGCAGGAGGAGGCAAAGACAAUGUGGAGACUUUGCAUACCAUACUGGAGCAUAAGGUGGACAAGGACUUGCUUAUAUUGCUAGAUGAAAACGUGACCAUUGAGGACAGCUCCGAUGCUAGAAGGCUGAAGAUAUUCUACAAAAGUUGCCUAGAUGCCAAACAAGGUGAGAUUCUACAUCAGCAGUUUGUCAGUGACCUGAUAAAGGCCAAUGGAGGAUUUCCGGCGGUGCCAGGCUCCAAUUGGAUGGCCCAUCACCACAACUACGAUUGGCAGCACAUAGUGGCCGUGUUGCGUUUGAAAUAUGGCCUCAAUAUUCUCAUAGGAAUGGAGGUGGAUAACAACUUCCAGACUAUGGAGGAAAAUAGUUUGUAUCUGCAGGAGCCUUCGACUUUGUUGCCACGCCAUCUGUGCAAUGCCAAGGUGACGCAGAGCAUUGAUGUAACCGAUCACCAGUAUGAUGUCAUUGAACAGCAGGUGGCAGAAAAUCUGAGGGCCUGGCUUUCCAUGAACAAGGAGGAGGCUUUGCAUGUGGCUGCCGAUAUGGUGACCUUUGAACAUGACCUUUGUCGCGCAAUGUAUGUCGACGAACAGGAUGAAGUGGAAGAGGAUUUCAUAGGCAGCGCUCAGUCUGUGAAUCGAACCAAAGCAUACCCCAGGAAAAAUUUGCAUAGUUUUACCCAUGAAUUCAACAACACUUUGCAGUUUAACACCAUUGUCAUGAAUAGCUUUGGCGUAGCCGUCACCAAGCCGGUUUUUAUGAAAAGUCCCAAAUAUUUCGAACAAUUAGUGCGGGUGAUUGAAGACACCGAGGAGUAUAACAAGACCGUGGUGGCCAAUUAUAUCAUGUACCAAACACUCACCCAUUUUAAUUUCCCCCGCAAUGAUACACCCCGCAGUCGACCCUCCUAUUGCCUGGCGGUGGUGAAGAAAUAUUUCCCCCACAUUUUGGGGGCCAUCUACAAAAGUAAAUAUGCCAAUCACAUGGAUAAAAUUACUGAGAUUUUUGAGGAACUGAAAAAGAUUUUCUAUGAUGCCUUCGAAAAUCACUGGAUACAUGAUGGCACCGGACGUUUGGGCAAGAAGCGGCUGGGCGACAUGACAUUACAUUUUCCCAGCUACGAUCAGCCGCCUUUAAAGGUAGAUUUUGCACGCAAUGAUUUUUGGAAUAAUCUACGCCUCAUAAUGGGUCAGAUAAAAGACAGUGAUGUGUCGCGCCUGCUAUCGGCCUAUCCCCCUCAGCCCAUGGAUGAGGUGGAGGCCUAUGAGACCCGCAUGGUGUACAGGCCCUAUCAGAACCGCAUCGAUAUGGGUUGGGGUCUAUUGCAGGCACCCUAUUAUCAGCACUUUUUGCCUAGAGCCAUGGCAUAUGCCGUCAUUGGCCACAAGUUAGCCCAUACCAUGGCCACGGCCUUUGACGAUAAGGGCUGGAGUGCAGAGAAUAAGGAUCGCAAGAACUGGGACACCCAAACGGCUGUGGAAUACUACAAGAAGGCCAAUUGUUUUACCCAACAAAUUGGCAAUUAUUUAAACAAUGACCCCGACAGCUUUCACAAUGUCACCAAGUCUCGUCAAUUGAUUGCCCAAAGCAUAGGUGUGAGCAUGGCCUUUAAUGCCUAUCUGGAUUGGCUUAACCUGCAGAGUCCCAGCAAUGACCAGGAGACUUUGAUCAAAGAAACUUUACCGGAGUUUGGUUUUACCAAUACCCAAUUAUUUUUCAUAGCCUUUGCCCAGGCCCAUUGUGAGGCUCGCAAAAAGCCCAAAAAACCCGAACCCAAAUUGGUUCUCAGUCCCUUGAGCAAACACUCUAUGACACGUUACGAGGUAAAUGGACCACUGAUGAAUUUUCUAGAAUUUGCUCGAGAAUUUCAUUGUCCCAUAGGCAGUGAAAUGAAUGCAGCCGAUAAGUGUAUCAUUUAUUAG